AUGUCUUCGCAAACGCUCAAGCUGAAUUCGGGCUACGAGAUGCCGAUAAUCGGCCUCGGCACGUGGCAAUCGAAGCCCGGAGAGGUGGCGGCGGCGAUCAAAUUGGCCGUUGCGGCCGGAUACCGGCACAUUGAUUGCGCGCACGUCUAUCAGAAUCAGCAGGAGGUCGGCGCCGCACUCAAGGAGAUCUUCGACGAGGGAAAGGUCAAGGUUAGUGGGGGGGGCCAUUCGGACAGCUGUGAAAGUCCUGAGUUUGAAAGGAUUUUAAAAAUUCCAGCGCGAAGACUUGUUCAUCACCUCGAAAGUAUGGAACACGUUCCACUCGACGGCCCGUGCCCAUGAGAACAUCGCGACAAUCCUGGCGGACCUGCAACUCUCCUACGUGGAUCUUCUGCUCAUCCAUUGGCCGCAAGGAUACGCGGAGGGCGAGGGACUGUUCCCGCAGGGCGAGAACGGAAAAAUGAAGUAUUCGGACGUGGACUACCUGGAGACGUGGAAGGCGUUGGAGGCGGCGCAGAAGGCCGGCAAGGCCCGCUCGAUCGGACUCUCCAACUUCAAUCACAAACAGAUCGAGAGAGUGUGGGAUGCGGCCGAGGUGAAGCCCGCGUGUCUUCAGGUGACUUCAUCGGAGCAUCAUUUCUAUAGUAACCGGGAGAUUUCAGGUGGAAUUGCACCCCUACUUCACGCAGCUCAAACUCCGCGAGUUCUGCAAGGGAAAGGGCAUCGUGGUGGUCGGAUACUCGCCGCUCGGCAAUCCCGGAUCCGCGUUCUUCCGCAAGGACGGAGAUCCGAACGUGCUCACCAAUUCGGUGGUGGCCGAAAUUGCUAAGGCGCAUGGAAAGGUUUGUAAAAAGGGGACUAGGAAAAGCUAGGCCAGCUGUUGCCUAGAUAGAGCUAAGGAAAUCUUCAACCACUAGAGAAUAGGAAAAGCUAGACCACUGCUGACAUAGGAAACGUCGGCUAUCAUCCAUUUAUGAGAGAGACUAGAAAUAAUAAGGCCAGAUUUCGUGGCCCAGAAAACUCUACUCAUCCAUAUUGGCAGGGAUUGGAAAAGCUAGGCCACAAUCGCAUGGCCUAGAAAACCCCAACCUCCCCAUCCAUCUACCCGUAAUCUCUUGCAGACCCCCGCGCAAGUGGUCCUCCGUUGGUUCAUCGACAGCGGCAUCUCGGCCAUUCCGAAAUCGGUCACUCCGCGUAAGUUUUAUCCAAAAAUCGUAUUUAGCGGGUCUCGCCACGAACUGCUUUUGUGAAACUUAGUGCUGCGCCUUUAAUAUUGUACCACUUUCCAGUUUUGCGUUUCCAGCAAUAAAAAACAAAGCAGCUAAAGACGCGGAACUAAAUAUUAACGUUCAGGAAUUUUCAUUCGUGGCGAGACCCAAUUAGGGAAAAGCGUGGAAUUUCAGUGAAACUCUUUUUCUUCGUACUCACCCACCCCCCGUUUGUGCCCCUACUUUUCGCCCAUUUUUCAGACAGAAUCUCGGAGAACUUCUCCGUGUUCGACUUCAAACUCACUCCGCAUGAAGUCGCUCAAAUCGACGGUCUCGACAAGAAUUGGCGCAUUGUGGACCUGAGCCAGCGCGAUGGAGAUCACCCGCAUUAUGGAUUGAAUUAA